AUCGCCCCCACAAAACCUGUAGGACAAACAGCUCCUGAAAUAAUCCACAACAUAAGCGAAUUUUCCCCAAUGUUAAUGAGACACCAGAAUGACCAAACCCCCAAAAAGAAAGCCCGAAACCAGAAUGGAGGAAGAAAAAGUAUCUGGCAAUGAUUCUCGGCAGACGACAGUGUGAAGGUGACGUUCGGAGGAGAAGGACCUGUAGCUCUUGGCUCUCCGCAUCUCUCUAUCUCCUGAAUCAUGUCUGCCGGAAAAAUUAUCGUCUACGGAGGUCGUGGAGCUCUCGGUUCCGCGGUCGUCAAGCACUUUAAAGCUAACGACUGGUGGGUGGGCACCAUUGACCUGGCUGCCAAUGAUGAGGCUGAUGCCAAUGUCAUUGUCUCAAAGGAUGCAAACUGGUCCACUCAAGCUGAAGCAGUCAUGUCUGGCCUGGAAGGAGCCCUUGGGACAGAUAAGGUGGAUGCCAUCAUUAAUGUGGCUGGUGGCUGGGCAGGUGGCAAUGCUGCAAGCAAAGACUUCCUGAAAAGCUGUGAAAUGAUGUGGUCUCAGAGUGUUUGGUCAUCUACCAUCACUGCUCAGGCUGCUUCCCGUUUCCUAAAGGAUGGAGGAUUUGUUGCACUUCCAGGAGCCAAGCCCGCACUGGAAGGCACUGCAGGAAUGAUUGGCUAUGGUCUUGCCAAGGCAGCUGUGCAUCAGCUGACAAAGAGUCUUGGAGAUGAAAAGUCUGGCCUACCAACCGGUGCAACAGCAGUUGCAAUCCUUCCCAUCACUCUGGAUACUCCCAUGAACAGGAAAUGGAUGUCAGGAGCAGAUUUCUCCACUUGGACAUCUCUAGAAUUUGUUGCAGAGCUCUUCAUGAAGUGGACAAAGGGACAGGAUAGACCUAAGUCUGGCAGCCUUGUACAGCUCAUUACCAAGGAUAACAAGACCGAAUUGGUAAUGGUGUAGGACUGAAGUUGUGACUGUGCUUCCUUUUUUUUAUUCUAGUUUCUUUAAUUAUCCGUUAACUUUUCUUAUUUUGGUUUGGUUAUGAAUAUGGAAUCUUUUGUGGAUAUUGUGGCUGUCUUAUUUUGAUACUUGGAUAAUACUCAUUGUUGUACUUGCUAUAUUUUUGAGAGUUAUUUUUUAUACCUUGAUUUUUUUUAUUUGAUAUCAUCCAUACAUCAUUUUCAGAAGUGAAUUAAGAAUUUAUCAACGUUGAAUACAAGUGCUAUAUCUCAAUCCAGUGAGUAAAAUAUGUAUAUGUAGAUGUAGUCAGUCCAUACAUUUCAUUCUCCUUUUUUAUCCAUCAAUUAAGAAAUUAUAGAUAAUUGAUAUUUCUUUAGAUUAUGGAUUUUUUUUAUGAAGUAUUUUAGAUUUGUUUCAUGCAUAGAUUGAAAUUGGGAAUUUCCUCUUGUUGAUUUCCGCACAAAAAAAUUAUCACAUGAGUUGGAGAGCAUUGUUUAAAAGAAUUGCUGGAAAAGAUAAGGCAGAAAUAUCAAAGACCAUAUGAGAUGUAUGGAAUUAUUGAUCACAGUAACAUUGUGCUGUCCCUGAAAGUGCCUAGUUUUAAUGAAAGAGUAUUAACAAUUGUAGAGUAUAUUUUUAUACUUAUUUUGUUGAUGUUUAUGCUUCCCAUCAAAACACAAAAUCGUUACAGAAGAGAGAGGAGUGGUAUUAACACUUUAUUGUGCUUCCUAGAUAACCAGUGAAUGAAUAUAUAUGAAAAUUACCAUCAAAGUGCUUCUCAAUGUUUAGUCAUCCUAUUGCUUUCCAGAUAACUUAGGAGACUAAAAGGUACAUAAAGAAAAUUUUGGCUGGAAAUUGCACAAAACCUGUAAGGUUCUUUUAUCUGUUUAGGUUACCCAUCUGAGUAAAGCUGAGUGAGUUAUGAAACUGCACUGGUAUUUCCUAGUUCAGUUCUUGAUUCCUAGCUAUCAAAGUGUUCUCAAAGACAAAGAACUUCAAUGUAUGCGGACUGAAAUUGUCAUCAAUGUGCUUGGGAGAAUAUACAUGUACAGGAUGAGAACAUUAGUGUGUUAGUUUAGUAGUAUUCUAACCACACUUAAUCUAGUUCUUUCUGUUACAUUGUGUAUAGACUUGAUCUUUGUGAUACAUGUCUGACGUAGAGAUUAAUACGAAUAACCUUUUAAAGAAAUCCAUCUGUAUUCCAAAAUCAAGAAUAUAUAUGCAUUAUAAUUGUGAUGCUAUCUGCUGAAGUGAAGUAGACAAAAUAUAAAAGAGGUCAAGAAAAACAGAUUGAAGUUUGGUGAUCAUUGCUUAUCAAAAACGUAACAGAAGUGUCGAAACAUGGAAACAAAAUGAGAUAACAAGUUGAGUUUAAUUGGAGGGUCCACCUUCCCAGUUUCUUUGUCUCCUCACCACCUGUAGUACAGUAUGAUGUUUCUACCAUUUUUCUUAGGCAUUUGUAUGAAAAGUUUUCAUUAACAACACCUCUUAAUCUGAAAUCUUGCCUGAGAAUGUAUGUGGCCAAUAUAAGGUAAGUGAUAUCUCAAAUGUCACUUACUUCACUUCAACAGUGAGUGUCACAGUUGUCAAGACAAUGAAAAAAAAUUAGUGUAUAUGUUUUGUGCUUCCUGUUAUACACUUUUAUUUUUCAUUGUUUAGCCUGUUUAAACACCAUCUCAUAAAUCAUUUGAAAGGAAAAGAUGUUGGAAUAUAAAGUAAAUUGUUAUACCAUUUUUAAAUUGGAACUGAUUUAUUCCUAAGACAUUCCAGCUGUGGCAAUACUUGUGCUUCCUCUGUUUGAAGUCUGCAUUAAACUGAAGAAAUUAACAA